CCCAAGGUUCAGGAUCGAACGGAGAGAAAGAACGCGUUGGACGGAAAGAGUAAGAGAGUUUUGUCAUGACACCUCGUCGGCCUAGGAUUACUUAUCCUCUCCCGAGGCGUAUGCUAACUCCCUUCCUCGGUUCAUUCGAUAUUGGUGGGGCUUCGAUCGGAGACCGGACUCGGAACGAUCGGAGGUCGAAUUUUAGGGCUUUUUGACCUUUUCCCCGGACCAUCCAGCUGAAUCUUGAGCGGUUCUACGCGGGAUUCAUGGGUUUUCGGCGUCUAUUUGGGUUUUUGAUCCAACCAAAUCGGUGAGUCCUUCGGAUUGGAGCCCAGCGACGGUUGAUUCGUUCUGCGAACUAGGGCUUUUCUCGAGCCCUAAUUGUUUAAGAGCUCGGAGCUCAUCAUUGGGAGAUCGAUCCAUCACUUUCUUAUUUGUUCUGCAAGUGAUUGGUACAAGAACCGAGAAAAAUGCAGCCCAAGUAUCGGAACCCCAGGGAUGGUUUCCGGCCGGGUUCGCCGUUCGGUCGUAAUCGUACUCGUGGCGGCUUCAGCCGCAGUUACUCGAAGCCCCAAAGCCCUCCUGCAAGCAAAAUGGAGAUCCUAAUGGAGGCUGGCCGGCUUGCGGCCGAGUACCUGGUGUCCAAGGGCGUGCUUCCCGCGAGCUCGCUCCCCAGUACCAUGUCCAAGAGCGGCGUUCAAGAAUUCAGAGGCCAGGGCCGGGAGAACCCAUCUGCUCCUCCGCCGUUUAGCGUAGGCAGGACCUCGGCCCUUGCCCGGCUGGGGGACGCGGGUUCCGAUGUUGGGUAUGGAAGGAAAAGAUUCAACGACGACUACGAUCGAAUGGGGUCAAGGAAGAAUGGUAGAGGCAGGAAAAGAUCAGGGUUCUAUAACAGAGGGUAUGAUGGUCCGGAUUGGAGUAGAGAGAGGAAAAGAAAUGGGCCGUGGAACGAACGAAGCAGAGACUAUUCUGAUAGUAUGGAAGAGGACAACGAUGACUUUGCCCCUGGGUAUCGUAGAGAUCGGCUAAGUGGGUACGAGGAAGUGGGAAGCAGUAUCGCUGAAAAUGAACAGCACUCGAAGGGAGAAGUGGUGGGUGAAUCGGGUUCAGAGCUUGAUGAUGCUGGAUCGAAGGCGAGCUCAAACAGUACCAGGAAGGAUGUUCCCGCGGAAGUGGAUGCCGAUGAGAACAAAGGGGCAGAUGAAGUGUUGGCUUCAAAUUCAGAAGCUGGAGGAGUUAAGAGUGGUAAGCAUGAUGAGUUAGAGAAAAAGAUUUCCACGGAAGAGUACUCAACCGUGAAGCCUGAUGGAGUCGAGGAAGGCGUCUCCUCUGUCAGCAAUGAUGGCAGUGAUCUAUUGAAGCUCAGUGGUUUUCCAAAAGUGCCAACGCGACCGCGGUCAUCACUGUCACAUAAAGGUCCUACAGAUGACCAUUGCCUCAGUACUGAUGGUGGAAACAAGAUUGAAGUUGUUCCUAAAGGAGAUUUUGAGAUGGUUAUAGAUGAUGUUCCAACUGAUGGCUUCUUAAAAGAAUCGCAUGUGGAUCACUCUGACCAUUUGAAAUGUGAAGAACAAGCUAAUUCUGGUGAUGUUGAUAUCAAAUCCUCUAAAGAAACAAUAGAGUCUCCCUGUGAGCCACAGAUGAACCUCCUGCGUUCAACAUCAUCUGCUAUGAUGGUAGACGUAGGGAAGGAGGAUAAGUUUGCUAAUCAUGUGAGUCAAGAGGAGGAACUUGAGAAACAAAUUAACUCAUCUUCGCCUACUGCAUCUCAGCAAAAUCAAUUCUCUCAGCUUGAUGGCUCUAGACAAACUCAGGCUAGCCUGUUCAUGGAGAUGCCACCUCAGAGUGAAGAAAUGGAGGCAAUCGAUCAAUUGAAACAAGUCACUGCCAAUUUACCUCCAAAAGUUGAAGCUCAAUCAUUCAUGGAGAUGGAAGAUGUAAAGCAAAACCAACCAACUUCAUUUAAAAUCUGUGAUCUGAACCUAAUGGAAGCUCCUGAGAUGACUGAGAUUCCCAGUGAUCCUCUUUUGAAUGAUUGUGAUGACAAAGUGAUUCCAGUAAUUGAUUUGGAAGACGAUUCUCCAAUUGAAGUGAAUGCCUGUAAUCCUUCGAAGGCCAAGAACGAAUUGAUAUAUCCUGUAGAGAAUGUUAUGAACCACACAACACAUUCAGAUGACCUUCCUGUCAUUCAGGACAGCUACAGUCUAGCCAUUUCUGACUACCUGGGAGCUGAUAUGUCAUGCAGCCCAUCAGUACAAGCAGACCUUAAUAACCUUCAAGUUGGAAUUGAUCUUCAUGGUGCUGAGGGGUUUCCUGGUGUUGAUGAUUCAAUAUAUGGAUCUCUUGGAGAUAUAGGAUUCAUGGAGGUCUGGGACCAGCCAACACAAGAUUACGAGAAGUUCUUUUGAACCUUUAACUGUGUUGUGGCAAUUUAAGUAAGGCUGCUUAUUACUUAUCCUCCAGCCAGUAUCUGGAUUUCAAACAUCUAGGAUUUUAGACAAUAAAUAGCACAUUGAUGUAUCAACUAUCAGUUGCUGUGUCCAGUAUCUAAACCACAUGUCACAAAGUUGUGUUCUGCUUUUGUUGUCUGCUGCUUUAAAUUCCUGCCAUUAACUUUGUCCUUACCUUGUGAGAAUGGUUGUUUUGUACCUUGUUCAGUAACUUCUGUUUGCCUGUUUGAGGAGAGGCUUUCAUCUAAUUCAAUAGUCUAUUGUUUGAUGAUGGAGGUUAACAUUGAUUAACUUAAUUGUGCUCUAUGUAGCUAAUGUUGCUGAAGUAUCAUUAUCAGUUGAUGUUUUA